CAGAGGCGUAGCCAGGCCAUUGGGAUGGGGUGGGCUGUGUUUCCCUGAUCGACUUUGUGAACCAUUGUUUCCCGGCAAAGGAGAGAUCAUGGCUUCUCGUGAGGCCUCCCAGGCCCCACUGGAAUUCGGGGGGCCGUUGGGCGUCACGGCGAUGCUGAUCCUGCUGCCUGCCACCAUGUUCCACCUGCUUCUGGCGGCCCGCUCGGGUCCGGCGCGCCUCCUGGCCCUACCAGCCUAUCUGCCUGGGCUGGAGGAGCUGUGGAGCCCACGGGCUCUGCUGCUGUUGUUCAUCUGGCUCGGCCUGCAGGUGGCGCUCUAUUUGCUGCCUGCACGCAAGGUGGCCGAGGGGCUGGAACUGAAGGACAAGAGUCGCCUGCGCUACCCUAUUAAUGGUUUCCAGGCUCUGGUGCUAACAGCCCUGUUGGUGGGGCUAGGGGUGUCAGUUGGGCUGCCCCUGGGGGCACUCCCUGGAAUGCUCCUGCCCCUGGCCUUUGCGACCACUCUCACCAGCUUUAUCUUCAGCCUCCUUCUCUAUGCAAAGGCUUUGGUAGCUCCUGCCUCAGCCCUGGCUCCUGGGGGAAACUCAGGAAAUUCUGUGUAUGACUUCUUUCUCGGACGGGAGCUGAACCCUCGCCUCGGUUCCUUUGACUUCAAAUAUUUCUGUGAGCUGCGACCUGGCCUCAUCGGCUGGGUCUUCAUUAACCUGGCCCUGCUGAUGCAGGAGGCGGAGCUUCGGGGGAGUCCUUCACUGGCUAUGUGGCUGGUCAAUGGCUUCCAGUUGCUGUAUGUGGGUGAUGCCCUCUGGUAUGAGGAGUCUGUUCUCACCACCAUGGACAUAAUACAUGAUGGUUUUGGCUUCAUGCUGGUCUUUGGAGACCUGGCCUGGGUACCAUUCACCUACAGCCUGCAGGCCCAGUUCCUGUUGUACCAUCCACAGCCUCUGGGAUUGCCCAUGGCCUUGCUCAUCUGCCUCAUUAAGGCUGUUGGUUACUACAUCUUCCGAGGGGCCAAUUCCCAGAAAAAUACAUUCAGAAAGAAUCCUUCUGACCCCAGUGUGGCUGGUCUUGAGACCAUCCCUACUGCCACGGGGAGGCAGCUGUUGGUGUCUGGGUGGUGGGGUAUGGUUCGACACCCCAACUACCUGGGAGACCUCAUCAUGGCUCUGGCUUGGUCCUUGCCCUGUGGGCUGUCCCACCUGCUGCCCUACUUCUACCUGCUCUACUUCACUGCACUGCUGGUGCACCGCGAGGCCCGAGAUGAGCAGCAGUGCCUGCGAAAGUAUGGCCGUGCCUGGCAGGAAUACUGCAAGCGCGUGCCUUACCGAAUCAUACCGUAUGUCUACUGAAGCAGAACCAGUUCUACUCGGCAGGGAUGCUCAGCACGUUGAAAACAAGAACGUUGAAAGCAAGAGGGAGCCACUGCUCCCAGAAGGAAAUUUUUCCCUGUUGAAUAAAUGUUUUCAACCUU